GGGAGUUUCUCCUCGGGGUCGGAGCAGGAGGCACGCGGACUGUGAGGCCACGCAUGAGCGGACGCUAACCCCCACCCCAGCCGCAAAGAGUCUACAUGUCUAGGGUCUAGACAUGUUCAGCUUUGUGGACCUCCGGCUCCUGCUCCUCUUAGCGGCCACCGCCCUCCAGACGCACGGCCAAGAGGAGGGCCAAGAAGAAGACAUCCCACCAGUCACCUGCGUACAGAACGGCAUCAGGUACCACGACCGAGAAGUAUGGAAACCCGAGGUCUGUCAGAUCUGUGUCUGCGACAAUGGCAACGUGUUGUGUGAUGACGUGAUCUGCGAGGACACCAAGAACUGCCCCGGCGCCGUAGCCCCCCCGGGCGAGUGCUGCCCGGUCUGCCCGGACGGCGAGGUGACGCCUACGGACCUAGAAACCGCAGGAGUCGAGGGACCCAAAGGAGACACCGGCCCCCGAGGCCCCAGGGGACCCGCAGGCCCCCCUGGCCGAGAUGGCAUCCCUGGACAGCCUGGACUCCCCGGACCCCCCGGGCCCCCCGGACCCCCCGGACCCCCUGGCCUCGGAGGAAACUUUGCUCCUCAAAUGUCUUAUGGCUAUGAUGAGAAAUCAGCUGGAGUUUCCGUGCCUGGUCCCAUGGGUCCUUCUGGUCCUCGUGGUCUCCCUGGCCCCCCUGGCGCACCUGGUCCUCAAGGUUUCCAAGGCCCUCCCGGUGAGCCCGGCGAGCCUGGGGCUACAGGUCCCAUGGGUCCCCGUGGUCCCCCUGGCCCUCCUGGCAAGAACGGAGAUGAUGGUGAAGCUGGAAAGCCUGGUCGCCCCGGUGAGCGUGGGCCUCCUGGACCUCAGGGUGCUCGGGGAUUGCCUGGCACAGCUGGUCUCCCUGGAAUGAAGGGACACAGAGGUUUCAGUGGUUUGGAUGGUGCCAAGGGUGAUGCUGGUCCUGCCGGGCCCAAGGGGGAGCCUGGUAGCCCUGGUGAAAACGGAGCUCCUGGUCAGAUGGGUCCCCGUGGUCUGCCUGGUGAAAGAGGUCGCCCUGGACCCCCUGGCCCUGCUGGUGCUCGUGGAAAUGAUGGUGCUACUGGUGCUGCUGGUCCCCCCGGUCCCACCGGUCCUGCUGGCCCUCCUGGCUUCCCUGGUGCUGUUGGUGCUAAGGGUGAAGCUGGUCCCCAAGGAGCCCGAGGCUCUGAAGGUCCCCAGGGUGUGCGUGGUGAACCUGGUCCCCCUGGCCCUGCUGGUGCUGCAGGCCCUGCUGGAAACCCUGGUGCUGAUGGACAGCCUGGUGCUAAAGGUGCCAAUGGUGCUCCUGGUAUUGCUGGUGCUCCUGGUUUCCCUGGUGCCCGAGGCCCCUCUGGACCCCAGGGCCCCAGUGGUCCCCCCGGUCCCAAGGGUAACAGCGGUGAACCUGGUGCUCCUGGCAACAAAGGAGAUGCUGGUGCCAAGGGAGAGCCCGGUGCCCCUGGUAUUCAAGGACCCCCUGGCCCUGCUGGGGAGGAAGGAAAGCGAGGAGCCCGAGGUGAACCCGGACCUGCCGGCCUGCCCGGACCCCCUGGCGAGCGUGGUGGACCCGGUGGCCGUGGUUUCCCUGGCGCGGAUGGUGUUGCUGGUCCCAAGGGUCCCGCUGGUGAACGUGGUCCUCCUGGCCCUGCUGGCCCCAAAGGCUCUCCUGGUGAAGCCGGUCGCCCCGGUGAAGCUGGUCUGCCUGGUGCCAAGGGUCUGACUGGAAGCCCUGGCAGCCCCGGUCCUGACGGCAAAACUGGCCCCCCUGGUCCCGCUGGUCAAGAUGGUCGCCCCGGACCUCCAGGCCCCCCCGGUGCCCGCGGUCAGGCUGGUGUGAUGGGAUUCCCCGGACCUAAAGGUGCUGCUGGAGAGCCCGGUAAAGCUGGAGAGCGAGGUGUUCCUGGGCCCCCCGGCGCUGUGGGUCCUGCUGGCAAAGACGGAGAAGCUGGAGCUCAGGGACCCCCUGGCCCUGCUGGCCCCGCUGGUGAGAGAGGUGAACAAGGCCCUGCUGGCUCCCCCGGGUUCCAGGGUCUCCCUGGCCCCGCUGGUCCUCCUGGUGAAGCAGGCAAACCUGGUGAACAGGGUGUUCCUGGAGACCUCGGUGCCCCUGGCCCCUCUGGAGCAAGAGGCGAGAGAGGUUUCCCUGGCGAGCGUGGUGUGCAAGGUCCUCCCGGUCCUGCUGGUCCCCGUGGGGCCAACGGUGCCCCUGGCAAUGAUGGUGCUAAGGGUGAUGCCGGUGCCCCGGGAGCCCCUGGUGCCCAAGGCGCCCCCGGCCUUCAGGGAAUGCCUGGUGAACGAGGUGCAGCUGGUCUUCCAGGCCCUAAGGGUGACAGAGGCGAUGCUGGUCCCAAAGGUGCUGAUGGUGCUCCUGGCAAAGAUGGUGCCCGAGGUCUGACUGGCCCCAUCGGUCCUCCUGGCCCUGCUGGUGCCCCUGGUGACAAGGGUGAAACUGGUCCCAGCGGCCCUGCUGGUCCCACUGGAGCUCGUGGCGCCCCAGGAGACCGUGGUGAGCCUGGCCCCCCCGGCCCUGCUGGCUUCGCUGGCCCCCCUGGUGCUGAUGGCCAACCUGGUGCUAAAGGCGAGCCCGGUGACGCUGGUGCUAAAGGCGAUGCUGGCCCCCCUGGCCCUGCUGGACCCGCUGGCCCCCCCGGCCCCAUUGGUAACGUUGGUGCUCCUGGACCCAAAGGUGCUCGUGGCAGCGCCGGUCCCCCUGGUGCUACUGGUUUCCCUGGUGCUGCUGGCCGAGUCGGUCCCCCCGGCCCCUCUGGAAAUGCUGGACCCCCCGGUCCUCCUGGCCCUGCUGGCAAAGAAGGCGGCAAAGGCCCCCGUGGUGAGACUGGCCCUGCUGGACGUCCUGGUGAAGUCGGUCCCCCUGGUCCCCCUGGCCCUGCUGGUGAGAAAGGAGCCCCUGGUGCGGAUGGACCUGCUGGCGCUCCCGGUACCCCUGGACCUCAGGGUAUUGCUGGACAACGUGGUGUGGUCGGCCUGCCUGGUCAGCGAGGAGAAAGAGGCUUCCCUGGUCUUCCUGGCCCCUCUGGUGAACCUGGCAAACAAGGUCCUUCUGGACCCAGUGGUGAACGUGGCCCCCCUGGUCCCAUGGGCCCCCCUGGAUUGGCUGGACCCCCUGGAGAGUCUGGACGUGAGGGAUCUCCUGGCGCUGAAGGCUCCCCCGGACGAGACGGUGCUCCUGGCGCCAAAGGUGACCGUGGUGAGACUGGCCCUGCUGGACCCCCUGGUGCUCCUGGUGCUCCUGGUGCCCCUGGCCCCGUCGGCCCUGCUGGCAAGAGUGGCGACCGUGGCGAGACUGGUCCUGCUGGUCCUGCUGGUCCCAUCGGCCCCGUUGGUGCCCGUGGCCCCGCUGGACCCCAAGGCCCCCGUGGUGACAAGGGUGAGACAGGCGAACAGGGCGACAGAGGCAUAAAGGGUCACCGUGGCUUCUCCGGUCUCCAGGGUCCCCCUGGUCCUCCUGGCUCUCCUGGUGAACAAGGUCCCUCUGGAGCUUCUGGUCCUGCUGGUCCUCGUGGUCCCCCCGGCUCUCCUGGCGCUCCUGGCAAAGAUGGACUCAACGGUCUCGCAGGCCCCAUCGGCCCCCCUGGUCCCCGCGGUCGCACUGGCGAUGCCGGUCCUGUUGGUCCCCCCGGCCCUCCUGGGCCUCCUGGGCCUCCCGGGCCUCCCAGCGGCGGUUUCGACUUCAGCUUCCUGCCCCAGCCACCUCAAGAGAAGGCUCACGAUGGCGGCCGCUACUACCGGGCCGAUGAUGCCAACGUGGUCCGUGACCGUGACCUGGAGGUGGACACCACCCUCAAGAGCCUGAGCCAGCAGAUCGAGAACAUCCGGAGCCCUGAAGGCAGCCGCAAGAACCCAGCCCGCACCUGCCGCGACCUCAAGAUGUGCCACUUGGACUGGAAGAGCGGAGAAUACUGGAUUGACCCCAACCAAGGCUGCAACCUGGACGCCAUCAAGGUCUUCUGCAACAUGGAGACAGGGGAGACCUGCGUGUACCCCACUCAGCCCAGCGUGGCCCAGAAGAACUGGUACAUCAGCAAGAACCCCAAGGAGAAGAAGCAUGUCUGGUUCGGCGAGAGCAUGACCGGCGGAUCCCAGUUCGAAUACGGCGGCCAGGGCUCCGACCCCGCCGAUGUGGCCAUCCAGCUGACCUUCCUGCGCCUGAUGUCCACCGAGGCCUCCCAGAACAUCACCUACCACUGCAAGAACAGCGUGGCCUACAUGGACCAGCAGACAGGCAACCUCAAGAAGUCCCUGCUCCUCCAGGGCUCCAACGAGAUCGAGCUCCGGUCCGAGGGCAACAGCCGCUUCACCUACACUGUCACCCACGACGGCUGCACGAGUCACACCGGAACCUGGGGCAAGACAGUGAUCGAAUACAAAACCACCAAGACCUCCCGCCUGCCCAUCAUCGAUGUGGCCCCCUUGGACAUUGGCGCCCCAGACCAGGAAUUCGGCAUCGACAUUGGCCCUGUCUGCUUCCUGUGAACUCCCUCCACCCCAACCUGGCUCCCUCCCACCCAACCCACUUGCCCCUGACCGUGGAAACAGACAAACAACCCAAACUGAACCCCCCAAAAAGCCAAAAAAUGGGAAACAAUUUCACAUGGACUUUGGAAAAUUUUUUUUUCCUUUGCAUUCAUCUCUCAAACUUAGUUUUUAUCUUUGACCAACUGAACAUGACCAAAAAC